GCCCGGGACUCCGCUCACCCAGCCCCGAGGGCCGUGGGCGCUUCUGGAGCAAUCUGCGAACGCUGGAGCGGCCGCUGCUGCCCUUGGAGUGCGCGGCGUUAUUGGCACCGCUGUGCUGGGCUAAUGCAGAGACAGGCGGAGAGGUAAAGACGUCUGGGCUUUCGUCUUUCCUCCGCCGUGUUUUUCCUCCUUUUUAAAGGCUUCUGGUUAAAAUCUACCUUCUGACAACAAGGAAGCUAAAACAAUGGGAGUGACUUACCUGUGGCAAAUCCUUGAGCCUGUGAGACAGCCUGUCAGCAUCAGUAGUCUCAGAGGGAAAACACUUGCUGUUGAUUUAAGUUUGUGGGUUUGUGAAGCACAGACCGUUAAAAAGAUGGUUGGAGUAGUUACCAAGCCACAUCUCAGAAACCUGUUUUUUCGGAUCUCUUUCUUUACAUCAAUGGGAAUUAAACUUGUAUUUGUCAUGGAGGGAGAGGCCCCCAGGUUGAAAGCAGACACCAUGAGCAAGAGGAAUGAGAUGCGCUAUGGGCCUUCAAAGAAAGUUGGAGCUGUAAGGACAGGGAGAUCUUUAUUUAAAGCCAUGUUAAAAGAGUGUCUUGAACUGCUGGAGUGUUUAGGUGUCCCUUGGGUUCAAGCAGCUGGAGAAGCAGAGGCAAUGUGUGCCUACCUAAAUGCAAAAGGACUUGUUGAUGGCUGCAUAACCAAUGAUGGAGAUGUUUUCUUGUAUGGAGCUCAAACAGUUUAUAGGAACUUUGCCAUGAAUGCUAAGGAUCCACAUCUUGAUAGCUAUACAAUGUCCUCUAUUAAAGAGAAACUUGGUUGUGACAGGGAGUCUUUAAUUGGGCUAGCAGUUCUUCUGGGCUGUGAUUAUCUUCCAAAGGGAGUUCCAGGAGUAGGGAAGGAACAAGCUUUAAAGUUAAUUGAGACUCUACGAGGUCAAAACUUAUUGCAAAGGUUUGAGCAGUGGAAAGAACAAUUUCAAUAUGAUGAUAAUCCACCUUUGGUUGCUAAAAGAGUAAUUCACUGUUCAGAGUGCCAUCAUCCAGGAUCUUACAAGGAACAUGAGCACAAUGGAUGUAAAUUCUGUGAAAGUGUGAGGUGCUGCAAACCCAGUGACUCCAAACACUGCUGCCCUUGUGCAUGGCAUCAGUGGGAGCGAGUGAAACAAGCAAAUGCAGUGGAGGACAGCAUCAGAAAAAAAGCCAAGAGUUGUGAGGGCUUUCCAUUCUCUGAGGUUAUCCAAGAGUUUCUUGUGAACAAGAAUAAAUUGAUCAACAUAAAGGAAUGUCGAAGGCCAAAUUUAUUGUCCUUUCAGCUGUUUGCUUCAGAGAAGAUGGAAUGGACCAAACAUUACGCUUGUAAGAAGCUGCUAGCACUUCUGACACGUUAUGAUAUGAUCCAGAGAAAAUCUGGAUACAUUGACUCAAAACAACUGCAGGCAAUACGGAUUGUUAAGCCACGUACUAAAAAUGGAAUUCCUUGUUUUGAAAUUGAAUGGCAAAAGCCAGAACAUUAUGUUGAUCCAGAUGAUGAGCCUGUGGAGUUGUUUGUAGUCACACUAGAAGAAGAGUCUUUGUUUCAGGCUGCUUAUCCUGAUCUUGUUGCUCUCUAUCAAGGGGGAAAGUCAGAAGUUCUUCAGAAGAAACAGAAAAAAAAGAAAGACAGACCAGAAGAAAAGGUAUUACCAAAUGCUUGUGAUGAAGUUACCAGUCUUCUGUCUCAAAUGAAUUUAAAGCCUACAUACAGAAUUCUUCCUGGGCAGCACUCCAUGUCAGAUAGAGAAGCUCCUCCAGAAGAUCAGACGCAGCAGAGAAGUACUGGAUCAAAAGAUGCAGCAUUACCUUCAGCUUCCUGCACAUCAACAGUUCACAUGUCAGCAUCAGCAGCUGCUCUUGCUGACUCAUCUGUGCCCUCACAAUGCACUAAGUAUUCAGGGAUGUCAUCCUCUGUACCAGCUGGUCUGCAGCUGAGCAGUGCUGAUGGCAAAGGAACCUCCUUCCGCACUUCACCAGCCCAUGGAGGUGCUGACUGUGAUCCAGCAGCUGAGUUAGCCACAUGCAUAAAACACUCACAUCCACUAAGUCAUGAAACAGUAAGAAACAGCUCAGAAUAUUCUGAUGUUACACAGUCUGACGUGCUUUCUGACAGUGAAGAUGAUUUGUUCUCAAAUGAUGCUAUGGGACAACUUCAGGAGUGGUCUUUAAGCGAGCGAAUACUUAAGAAGGCUCCCAUUCCAUCACAGCCUUUAUCUGAAGAUGUAGGGCAACUGGAGUCUUUGAAUUGUUUUAAGCAGUCAAAAGAAACAUUGAAUCCUGAUAGAAAUCAUGCCUCUUCUUCAUGUCAGUUAAGUAACCUAGUGCAGAAAAGUAAAAAUGUUCUAUCACAAAACUCUGCAAGUGAGUCCAGUGUACAUACCUAUCAAGAUGUGUACAAAAAAGCUGACAUCCUGGCUGAAAUGGGGAAAAAAGACCCUUAUACAAGUGGUGCAGCUUGUCUAGCCUUCAGUGGGCAAACAGAGACUCUUCAUCCUGGGUGUGAAAUGCUUCCAGCAUCUCAAAAGCCAGCAGAUGCAACUGGCUGUCACAUUAAAGAAGCUUGUAUUGAAACUACUCGGAAAGCUUCUUUAAAAAAGAGUGUCUGUCAGAACAGAUGCUCUUCUAGUGAAGACAGUGAUGAUGGGCAUGUGGAUAAAAUCCUGGUUUAUGACCAGCAGAAAAGGCAACUGAACCCUGGCCAGUUUAAAAAAUAUUUUACAAAGAAAAGGAGCAGUGUUGUUACUAGUAAAAGAACAAACAGUGACUCAGCCCUUACAAUUAAAGAGAAGAAAACAACCAAUUUAAAGGCAGCUGUUAAUAGUUUCUCAGUGCAGGUAUCUCUAAAACCAUCCUCUGUAGAGGAAGUUAAUUGUUCCCAAAGUCCAGGGCAACCAAUUGAAAUAUUGGGUUCUCCCACACAAGAAGACAAAAGUGCUGUUCUGACUUAUGCGUGCGCAGACAGUCCCCUUCCCCUGUCUGAAAGACUGAAAAGAAGAAUCAAAAUCAAUUAGGUUCUCCAUGCAAUAGAUUAUGAUAGCAAUUAAUUAUCAGUUAACUAUUGGUUAACUGUCAAUUCUUGCAGAGUUCUUUCUCAAAGUUUGCAGUAUGUAUCGAUUUUAUAUGGACACAGUUUUGAUGAGUAGGAAGUGCUGGCACUGGAGCUGAAGUUUGAAACUAAAAUGUUAACAAAAGUCCCAGUUGAUUGUAGGCAAGUACCAGUCAUUCUGGGUGUGUUUGCAUUCUGAACUUGUUACAUAAGCAUCAGGAUACAGUAUGCAAGGAUGAGGGAGAUUUAUUUAAGAAAAAAGGGUUUUUUUGCCAACCAAUUGUGAGAUUUUGUGUACAGCUAUUAGUCUUGCUUAUAAAACCACUUACUAGAACAGUGCCUGCACUGCUGUUGGAUUCUCCUAAUAAGACAAAGUGAUGCAGCAUUUUUAAACUGAAAUCCUCCAUUCUCCUCCACUAAUUUAAUUUUGCAAGUUUUGAAAUGGGUUUUGAAAUCCUGUGUUUCUGGUUGUGUUGAGCCUCUCUGAAGGACCAUACAGAGACACAGCAGAUGUACUUCACAGAGUAGCUAAACUUGCAUCUUCCAUGUCCCAUAAUAAGUUGUUCUUCAGGGGUGUGUCUCAUCCAUAGAAUGGAAUAAGCCAUGUAAGGAUACUCUGGUGUUGUAGCUCUCAUAUCUAAUAUUUAAGGAAAUUUGAUGUCUGUUUUAAUUAAAUUUAAUUAGGGCAUUUUUUGUUAAAGAAGGUUGAAAUCCCAUCUAACAUUCACUUCAUAAUAGAGUGAAAGUUAAGUUACAGAAAAUCUAAGUAUCAUAUUGAGAGUUCUUUGAAUAAGAUCAUGUUUGGGGUUUUUUUUAAGGGGAAACUUGAAUACAAUUAUAAUUUUGAAGGUGCUUUUCCUACCUCUGUAUUAUAGAAGCAAUCUCUGUUCAUACACCAAAAAAAGUUUCUUCAACAGCUGCCUGUUGCAGGAAUGCCUCCUUGUCUGUAUUUACGUGUUAGUAACAUUUUCUGUGCAGCCAGAAGGAAAACAACACUUGCCAUGAUACAUUGUUAUCAAGAGAAAUUUAGAAUACGUGUGCCUUAGUAAAAAAUGUCAGUUCUUCAUAAUGUUUAAGGACCAAGUUUGGAAGCUGAAUUCCAGAUGUGUUUAAGGAAGACAUAGGUCGCCUAUAGCUAAUGCAGUCUGUAAUUAGCCAAAAUGGUAGUUUCUUAGUUUACUCUGUGGAAAGAUGGAAAAAAAUAUAUAUUUUUCAAAUGAGAAAUGUAUUUUGGAAAUGAGAAAAAAAAUCAGAAAUAUUGGACAUUUUUUUCAGUUUUGAAGAUGGUCUUUGUCUUCUGGAGACUCUUAUGCACCCAGCUGAUGUGAGAGGGUAGCUGGAAGAACAGUUGUGAAGGAGAAUAAGUCACCUGGGAAUUUUAAAGGGAGAGAUUCAUAGCAUGACAGAAUGGUUUGGGUUGGAGGGGUCCUAAAAAUCAUGUGGUUCCAACCCCCAUGCCAUGGGCAGGGAACCAUUCCUUAUGGAGUGGUCAGUAAUGGAGAGAUCUGAAUGGGUUUUUUUGUGGAAAAACAUUGUUCUUGGUUACGUAUAAUUUUUUUUUUCCUUUGCUGAUGAUUUUGAAUAGUGAAAGUUGAAAUCAAGGGUUUAAAUUUUCCUUAAUAAAAGCGCCAACAUCAUGUGAAUGCACUGACUUUUGUUCCCUCCCAGAGUACAGGAAUGUGCUGUGUUGUAUGGAGGGAAUUUUCUUUGUUUUCUAAAGCUUCUUGAGAUGACUGCUUUAAUGAAUGAGGAGAUGAAAAUACUGUGUCAGAAUGGUGACAAGUUCAUAUUUUGUGGAUGAUGGAAGUCAGAAACAAAAUAGAAGAUAUUAAGAACUGCAGAGGAAAAAAUAUUAUGUUGCUGAUUUUUCCUGCUAAUUGACUGGGUUUCACAAGUACAGUUCAAGCAUGAAAAGCAGAAAAAAAAUUCAAUUUUUUCAUAUGUAAUGCAUCCAAAUUUUGUGCCAGUUUUCUGCCACUACUUUAGAAGCAGCAAUAGAUGUGGGGAAAAAACCAACUGUGUAGAAUCCUCCCUCUGUUUAGGCUGUAGCUGCUCAUUGCAGUAAAUAAAAACAUUUAUCAUUGGGGGUGACUGUUGCUUGAAUUAAACUUGUGAUUCAUUACAGAAGGGUAAUUACAGUUUUAAAAUUUUUUUGGUUUCUCAACUUUAUGUAAUUUACUCAAUCUAAAUAUUAGGGAUGAUUUUUCUUUGGAGCUUUUUUCUGUGCUGACUGCUUUGCAAACUCUGACAUUUGUGAGAAUGAUGUUUAAAUAAAUUGAGGACAUGUAAAGUAACUUUCUUCUGCAGGGAAUGUUUCUGCAGUAUUAUGUUAAACUGCUUGUUAGAAUAAAUCAACUGAUACAUCAA